AUGGCACGGACACCCAAGUCGACGGUGGCGAAGAAGUCAACUACGACGAAGAAGCAGCAGAGGUCGACGGAGGCGAAGAAGCAGCAGAGGUCGACGGAGGCGGAGAAGCAGCGGAGGGCAGGCGCCAAAGCUGCGUGCUGUGCGCGGGACAAGGAUCGCUACAAGCACGUCAUCUUCCCCGACCUAUACAUUCCGGACUACGUGGACGAUAGGUGCGACCAAUGCGGCUUCGAGGCGAAAACGACGAUCGCCAAGCUCCGCCACUUGGUCGCGCAUAUCCCGAGGGACCAUCCGGCGUGGACGGUGUUUCAUCGUUGCGAGUGCGUCAUCUGCGGGAAGCCGCAUGCGACCAUGGACCAGGUGGCCGACCAUUACUCGCGUAGCCAUCGCGAGUCCUUCAACUAUCCAUGUCCGCACAAGGGCUGCACCACGAAGAAGGGCGACAGGUCGGGUAUCUAUCGACAUCGGAGGAGAGUGCACAACUAUAGGACGAAGAAGGAGCGGGAGGCGGAGGCGGCCGCUCAGCUAGAUGCGGAGGUGGCGGCGAGGUGGGAGGUCGAGACGGCGGUGAGGCGGGAUGCGGAGACUAACGGCUACCCUCCCCAGCCGAUCGACGACUGCUCCGCGCCGACAUCGAGCUCGUCGACCCCGUUGGCGACGCCGCCGCCGUCUGGCUUUUGGACGUCCUUCGAGGCACCCUGCGAGCGAGGUGGCGAGUUACCCUCGUUUGAUGCUGCGGUCUAUGGCGUCGACGCCUUCGCUUCUUUCGUGCCCGACCAGACCAUGGAGUCCGACUUCGGCGGCGUCAAUGCUCAUGACUUUGACCACGUCGCUCAAGGCUUUGACCACGUCGCUCAUGGUUUUGCGAACGUCGACGAGUUCGCGGGGCCUGCGAUGGGUCUUGAGUUUGACGCGUUUUCUCAGCUUUCCCAGCCGUCUGCUCACGCUAUGGCUCCCCACCCCCCUCGUGCGACGGCUGCUCCGACCAUUCCUGGGAUGGCUACUUCGACCAUUCCUGGGAUGGCUGCUCCGACCAUUUCUGGGAUGACCCCUCAAUCUGCGCCUCUGCCCGCUGCUGCAAUGGCGCUCGGAUAUCCUGCUACCGGGGCUCCUCAAAUCGCUCGUCCGUCUCGUCACUCGCAAACCGGUAGUCACUCGCAAACCGGCAUACAGUUCUCCGGCUUCGAGUUCUUGAAUUACCCUGAUGGGUGGACGCCGGCAAACAUUCCACGCCCCAUGUGCUUCCCACCGGUGCCGCCGCCGACGUGGACCGCUGAGGCGGGGAUGCAGCCCCUCGCUCCGCAGCCCCAGCGACUCGCUCCGCAGGUCGCCAAUGCCAACGUCGACGCCUUGAAUGCCUUCGACUCGAUGGACGACUUCAACUCGAUGAACAACUUCAACUCGAUGGACGCCUUCGACUCGAUGGACACCUUCGUCUCGAUGAACAACUUCAACUCGCUAGACGUCUCCGACUCGAUGGACACCUUCGCCUCGAUGGACGUCUCUGACGCCUACCACCCGUGGUUCGAUCUCCGUGGGGCGCCGAUGGUCGACUUUGGCGACGCGAUCGUGCCUUGA